GCUGCCCACUUCCUGCCCUGCGAGAUUGCUGGGCGCAACAUGGCCAAGCUGCACGGGCUGCAAGCGGACUAUGUUUUCCGUGGCGUUGAGCACAUCGUCCGGAUGUCGGUGGACGGGAACCUUCUGGAAGUAGAAGUGGAGGACCGGCUCACCACGGACCAGUGGCGGGGGGAGUUUGAUGCUGCUUUCAUUGAAGACCUCACUCACAAGACUGGGAAUUUCAAGCAGUUUGGGAUCUUCUGCAGCAUGCUAGAGUCGGCCCUUUCCCAGAGCAGCGAGUCGGUCACCCUGGACCUCCUCACUUACACAGACCUGGAGUCGUUGAGGAACAGGAAGAUUGGGGUGGGUCCCCGGCACACGGCGGCUGCCAAAAACUCCCCACUGAGCUCCAAGCGCUACCUCAUCUUGAUCUACUCGGUGGAAUUUGACAGGAUCCAUUACCCGCUCCCCCUCCCUUACAUGGGCAAGCCGGAUCCCGUCGUCCUGCAGAAGGUGAUUCGGGAGCUCAAGGAGGAGUUGGCCCUGCUGAAAGCGAAGCCGAGCAAGGAUUUCAGAGAUGCCGAGAUCCGCCGGCUUCGCGACGAGCUGCAGCACACCUUGGAGGAGAAACAGUCAGUGGAGACGGUCUUGCUGGGCCUUCAGGAGGAGCUGAAGCUCACCAACAAGAGCAGCGCCUACAAGGAGGUCAAGAUUCUCAAGAAGGUCGUGCAGAGCCUCGAGGAGGAACUGACCAAGGAGAGGGCAAAGCACCAGCGGCUCGCCAACAAGCGCCUGCAGGAGAGCCGGCAACUUGCCGACGAGCUGGCGGAGAUGAAAGCGACAGAGAGGGGCCUCCGGAUUCGCGUGAAGAACCUGACCAACGAGCUGGCCUUGUACAAGAAAGGGCGCUUCACCCCCUCCGGACCAUCUCCCCAGAACCAUCCCGCACCCCCUCGCAAUUUUGCGCACCCCACCCUGUCCCGUAGCAGCACCAAGAAGAGAGACGUACGUCGCUCCACCUCGGAGGACCGCUCAAACUCCCGGGAACGCAGCGGCGCCUGGGGGCCUAGCCGGCAGAGGUCUACCUCCAGGGAGGGGCGCAGCGGGAGCCAGGGCCGCCUCCCUCGACAGUCCCCGUCUCCUACAGGACCCCGGGCACCACGCUUUGACCCCACCGCCUUUGUGAAGGCCAAGGAGAGGAAGCAGAAGGAAGCGGGUCAGAAAAAAGAGCGAUGCCUGCGGCGGGGGAUGGGAGACACCCCGCCCAGCGGUUGGUGCCACCGCAUGCAGUCCAGGGGCCCACCGGCUUUCAGCACCAGCGGCCUUGGGAAAAGCCGGGGCAGGAGUUCUUCAGUGGAAAGCUUCCGCAGCCGGCGCUCAUCCGCAAGCUCAGGGAGCGAACUGGACGAUUACUCUGAGCCUACUGCCCCAAGGGGGAGGAAGCGAGCAGUGAGGGGCAGGAAGCCUCUGAGUUCCUCGUCCUGGAAUGGCAGUACCGUGAUUCCCCACACGGAUGGUGGUCACAGGAAGCGCCUGGCCAGCACGCCUACCACAGGCCUGCGAUCGGACAAAGAGAACCUAUACGACGAGCCGUCGGCUGACCUCUCGGAGAUUGACGCUCGGCUGCAGGCACUGCAGGAAUACAUGAAUAAACUGGAGACCAGAACGUAACCCCUGGAGUAGAACAAUUUAAGAGGGCCGCUGGGCCAGAAUACAGGGAGCCUCCUUCCCCCACCCACCCCGGUUUGGAGUCCUCCUUCGGGCUUCUUUAGACAGAGUCAUGGGCCUGCAAGAGAUGGUGGCGGGAAGGAUGGGUUUGUAAACAUUCAUGUACAGCAAGCACACACAAAAGUGGGUGCCUUGAGGGACUAGAAGCUUCAGAGCUCUUCCCCCCCCCCCUUGCUGCUCUGAUGCUGCUUAGGACCUGGUUGAUGUGUAGCUUGCUCAACAUAUGGGAGGGCAUUGAACCCUUUAGCCUUACUUAGCCCUUUUGUACCCAAUCUUGCCUUUAAAAAUGGGGAGAUGGAGCACCUCUCGGCCAUCAGAUCAUCCUCCUUUAAGACUCCCCUCCUAAUUCCACCUGCUCUCUCGCCCCUUUA